UGUCUUCGGUGUCCUUGCAAAGUGUUGCAGACGCUUUAGGUUUGAGAAAGCUCGGGGGCUGAGCUGGGCGAAGCACAGCGGACUCUGGAGGACACAGGUCUGUAUUGCACGCCUGUGACUAAGGCCUCCCUCCAGAAGGAUCCCAAACUGAAACCGGGAAUAGUUUCAAUGGGAUGAGUCUCUGUGUGGGUGCAAAGUACGUGGGCCAUUCUGACUCAAAAUGGAGAGACUGAGAAAGGGAAUAAAAAUCCACCGUCUUCCCGAGCCAGACUUGCAAUGGAUACGUGGUGAAAAAGGAUAAUAAAUUCCUGUAGCUCAAUGACAAGCCAGUAGUAUAUCUAGCAUCCAAGUCUUGAUUUCCAAAUCUCAUUUUCCAGUGAAAAGAACCACGACUCUGCUGGCUCUUUGGAGAAAAGGGUGAUUCCAAGGCUGGGGCAGGUAAAAUAGAAGAUGAAUCUGUUGUGCUGGAAGAUAAGGAAGUGCUCAAAAAUUAUGGAAUUGGUCAAAAGGACACAAGGGACAGCCUGAAGGAUCUCCCAAUAGCUGGGUAAUUUUAGCAUCAAAAUAAAUAAUUAAUGAAUUGUAAAUAAAUGAAUAAAAUCCAGGAGUCUAUACUAAUAUAAAUGAAUAAGUGGGGAAAUGCCACCUGAAAACAUUCUUCCAGUGGGUCAAUAGUAACAGAAAAAGCAUUUGAAUCCCGAUUUCCAGUGUGGGAGAGAGUGGAUAUAGAAUGGGGCAAAGAACUUCACCAGCAGAAUUCAACUGGAAAUCCAGAAGGAAACCCUUGGGAAGAACUGUUUAAGGAGCUGUCAUCGUAGAAGAGUACAAACAAUGGCUGACAGUAGUGUAUUAACAUCCACUAUUGAAAGGACAAGCCUGGCAGACUCCUCUAUUUUUGAUUCUAAAGUUACUGAAAGUUCCAAGGAAAAUGUACUUAUUGGAUCUGCUUCAUAUGUUGAAGAAGAAAUGCCUCAAAUUGAAACGAGAAUGAUAUUGGUUCAAGAAGCUGGAAAACAAGAAGAACUUAUACAAGCUUUAAAGACUAUUAAAAUAAUGGAAGUCCCUGUUAUAAAGAUAAGAGAAAGUUGUCCUGGAAAAUCGGAUGAAAAAUUAAUAAAAAGUGUUGUUAAUAUGGAAAUUAAAGUACCCUUUGUAAAGAUGGAAUCAGUGGAAGAACUUGAAAGUUUGGAUUCUCCAGAAUUUGAAAAUGUAUUUAUAGUCAUGGAUUUCCAGGAUUCUGUUUUUAAUGAGUUAUACAAGACUGAUCAUAGAAUUAUUGGGCCACCAGUUAUCUUAAACUGUGCCCAAAAAGGAGAGCCUUUGCCAUUCUCAUGUCGUCCACUCUACUGUACAAGCAUGAUGAACCUAGUCCUGUGCUUUACUGGAUUUAGGAAGAAAGAAGAACUAGUCAGAUUGGUGACAUUGGUUCAUCACAUGGGUGGAGUUAUUCGAAAAGACUUUAAUUCAAAAGUUACACAUUUGGUGGCAAAUUGUACACAAGGAGAAAAAUUCAGGAUUGCUGUGAGUCUGGGCACUCCAAUUAUGAAGCCAGAAUGGAUUUAUAAAGCUUGGGAAAGGCGGAAUGAACAGGAUUUCUGUGCAUCAGUUGAUGACUUCAGAAAUGAAUUUAAAGUUCCUCCAUUUCAAGAUUGCAUUUUAAGUUUCCUGGGAUUUUCAGAUGAAGAAAAAACCAAUAUGGAAGAAAUGACUGAGAUGCAAGGAGGUAACUGUUUACCUGUUGGAGAUGAAAGAUGCACUCACCUUAUAGUUGAAGAGAAUAUAGUAAAAGAACUUCCAUUUGAACCUUCGAAGAAACUUUAUGUUGUCAAGCAGGAGUGGUUCUGGGGAAGCAUUCAAAUGGAUGCCCGAGCUGGAGAAACUAUGUAUUUAUAUGAAAAGGCUAAUACUCCUGAGCUCAAGAAAUCAGUGUCACUGCUUUCUCUAAAUACCCCAAACAGCAAUCGCAAAAGACGUCGUUUAAAAGAGACACUUGCUCAGCUUUCGAGAGAGACAGACAUGUCACCUUUUCCUCCCCGUAAGCGCCCGUCAGCUGAACAUUCGCUUUCUAUAGGGUCACUCCUAGAUAUCUCCAACACACCAGAGUCUAGCAUUAACUAUGGAGAAACACCAAAAUCUUGUACUAAGUCUUCUAAAAAUUCCACUCCGGUUCCUUCAAAGCAGUCAGCCAGGUGGCAAGUUGCAAAAGAGCUUUAUCAGACUGAAAGUAAUUAUGUAAAUAUAUUGGCCACAAUUAUUCAGUUAUUUCAAGUACCAUUGGAAGAGGAAGGACAACGUGGUGGGCCUAUCCUUGCACCAGAAGAGAUUAAGACUAUUUUUGGUAGUAUCCCUGAUAUCUUUGAUGUGCACACUAAGAUAAAGGAUGAUCUGGAAGACCUUAUUGUUAAUUGGGAUGAGAGCAAAAGCAUUGGUGACAUCUUUCUUAAAUAUUCAAAAGAUUUGGUAAAAACCUAUCCUCCCUUUGUAAACUUCUUUGAAAUGAGCAAGGAAACAAUUAUUAAAUGUGAAAAACAGAAACCAAGAUUUCAUGCUUUUCUCAAGAUAAACCAAGCUAAACCAGAAUGUGGACGGCAAAGCCUUGUCGAACUUCUCAUUCGACCAGUACAGAGGUUACCCAGUGUUGCGUUACUUUUAAAUGAUCUUAAGAAGCAUACAGCCGAAGAAAAUCCUGACAAAAGCACUCUAGAAAAAGCUAUUGGAUCACUAAAGGAAGUAAUGACCCAUAUUAAUGAGGAUAAGAGAAAAACAGAAGCUCAAAAGCAAAUAUUUGAUGUUGUUUAUGAAGUAGAUGGAUGCCCAGCGAAUCUUUUGUCUUCUCACCGAAGCUUAGUCCAACGAGUUGAAACAAUUUCUCUAGGUGAACACCCCUGUGACAGAGGAGAGCAAGUAACUCUCUUUCUCUUCAAUGACUGCCUGGAGAUAGCAAGAAAACGGCAUAAGGUUAUUGGCACUUUUAGGAGUCCUCAUGGCCAUACCCGACCCCCAGCUUCUCUUAAGCAUAUUCAUCUCAUGCCUCUUUCUCAAAUUAAGAAAGUGCUGGACAUAAGAGAAACAGAAGAUUGCCAUAAUGCUUUUGCCUUGCUUGUGAGGCCACCAACAGAGCGGGCAAAUGUGCUGCUCAGUUUCCAGAUGACAUCAGAGGAACUUCCAAAAGAGAACUGGCUAAAGAUGCUAUGUCGACAUGUAGCCAAUACCAUUUGUAAAGCAGAUGCUGAGAAUCUUAUUUACAGUGCUGAUCCAGAAUCCUUUGAAGUAAAUACUAAAGAUAUGGACAGUACAUUGAGUAGGGCAUCUAGAGCAAUAAAAAAGACUUCAAAAAAGGUUACAAGAGCGUUCUCUUUCUCCAAAACUCCAAAAAGAGCUCUGCGAAGAGCCCUUAUGACAUCCCAAAGCUCAGUGGAGGGAAGAAGUCCUUCCAGCAAUGACAAGCAUGUAAUGAGUCGUCUGUCUAGCACAUCAUCAUUAGCAGGUAUCCCAUCACCCUCCCUUGUCAGCCUGCCUUCCUUCUUUGAAAGGAGAAGUCAUACUUUAAGUCGAUCUACAACUCAUUUGAUAUGAAGCUUAAAAAAUCUUAAUUUAGAGCAACUUAUAAACACUUCAUACUUAAAAACUGACUUAAAUGGUACUUGUCAUUAGCACUUGGGGAAAGCUGGAAAGAAUGUAGGUAACACUAAACUAUGCCAUUUGAUUUGCUUCUUUAAAGUGUAAGGUUAACCUCUUACAUUUUUUUAGGUAAUUCAUGUAAAAAAUUAUAUUGAUUUUGAUGUAAUUUUUCUCUUCCCUCGAGUCCUUCAUUCAAAGACCAAUAAUUUAAGUUAUUCACGAUAUUAAUAGCUUUGCAGCUUGAUAACAGUAAAUAAAUUUUAUUGGUGGAUG